CCUAUAUAUAAACCGCACCAAUCUUUCAUUCGGAUACGAACGUUCCAGAUUCUAGAGCAGGUAUUCACCUCUGCAUGCCGCCUCUGCAGCCCUUUGCUCCUUCAAGGAACCUGCACCUCGAUCCCUCCAACCAUCUUGUCCCUUGCGUUGCCUGCACACCAUAUAUUCCUUCCACUCCGGCCUACCAUAAUGACAGCUGCUGACUCCUCAAGUCCGGUAUCCGCAAAGAAGCGUAAGAGGAACACCGAAUAUGAGCCCUCUAGCCCGAAGCCCCCAGCCCUCGCUCUUCUGUGGCCUCCACCUUUACCUGACAUAUCUGCCCUCGUUCCAACACCUACAGGAAUCCUGUCAGAUAUGCCAAACCUUGGUUCAGCGGCUGUCACCGCACUAGAGACCAUUGAGGGCCUACAAUGUACCGAUGUCGAUUCCGACGUGUUUAGCACCGAGAUACCGGAUGUCACAACUGUUGAAAAAGCUCAGGACACCGGGCUGUCAUCUCGUACAUCUUGGAUCCAACUAUUGCCGGGCCUGUCCGAGAAACCCUGUCCGCUGCCAGAGCUCCUCUUAGAGCCAGCACCCCCAUUUCUUGAUGUCCAAGCCCCAAAGUUGCAGGUCGGGAUGACAACAUCGCUUGAUGGCAAGUGGCUUCAUGGCAAGGCCUACUACUACGAUUUUGACGCGGCAUAUGCACGCCUUGACUUUACCGGGAGGAGGUUCUUUCGCCUAACAGACGCCCAGGGCACUAGCAUCAAGCCGAUAUGCGUGCACUUUUGUCCCCCUUUUGGGAAUGGGAUCACGAUGGAUCGUGGCGCAAUCCUGGUUGUAAUUCGUGAAAUGAUGCAGAGAUACGCAGAGGAGGUCCAGAGCACGUGGGCGAGGUUCUCAUCGGACAUGGAGAAUUGGAGAAACAGGAGACGAGACAUUGAAUUCAAGGCACUCAAGGAUAACGCCUGUUAUGAGCUCAAUACCAUCCAGCAAAUUUAUCAUCUGGAGGUCGCCAAGGCCAAUCGAGGGGAGUUCGAUCCGUUUUUCAUUGGGUAUGCCCCAGAUGGAAGCACUCUGAUGCAUGCCCAUCAACAUCGAAUUCGCACUUACUAUCGGGCCGCCUCUGCCAGCGAGGUAUAUCCCAAGCGCCUGAACGACAUUGGAGAAACGCUCAAAAAGCUUCAUUCUCAUCUGGCCAAGCCGCCUUUGGUUUUUCCUGGGCCAACGACUGCUCCCCAGAACCGCAACAUCAAACCGUAGUUAAAUCCACCGCCACAAGUCGUGCCGGUCGGAGAUGCGGCCUCUCUACUCCCGUUUGAUAGCUCUUAGGGGCGUUCGUUCUGGAGCUUUACUCUUUGAUACUUCCUCCUACUUCUUGCAAUAAGAUUGUUUGCUUUCUCUCGCAUCCCCAGUGUACAUAAUGGCAUGACUGUCGUGUAUCUGGAUCGUUCUUUUGCAGUGUAUUUAUCAGUUAAUGUUAUUAUGGUA